AUGACCCACAGAGUCCCACGAGACUACGAAUACGCUCGAGCACCCGCACCUGCGGCUCCAGCGACAGGACCGCACGCUGCACUCACACCCAGCAUUCGAACAACUACAGGCUCUGCCUCUGCAAUCUCAGCUUCGACUUGUAUCGCCUCUGCGACUGGGGCUCAAAAAAGAGUGGGAGUGCACGGAGCAGAGGGAACGUCCUCUAUGACUGUUGCCCGCGGAGGAGGAGGGUUCGAGUUCGACAUGUUGGACGUUAUGGGAUAUGUCGAAUUUGACCUGAUGGAUGAGGCGAACGACUUGCUCAAGUUUACUUCAAGACCUGGGGCGAGGCGUGGAAGUAAUGACAGUGGUAAUGAGUGUGGAGUCAGAGGUAGUCCAACGGCGCAGGACUUCAUGAAAGAGGACAUCCUGGCUGCGACUGUUAUGCGUUUCGCUCGUAAACAUGAGCUACUGACGGUCGACCGUGAUGUGAUCACCUACCUGGCGCUGGCCACCAAGCAGCGACUUCGAAUCUUGAUCGAGCGAAUGAUCCAUGUAUCCAGACAUCGCAGAAAGUCGUCCUCGGAGACAUUCGGCCCACCUCCUAUGUACGAUACUGACCACACGAUGUUCCGCCUCGGUGUUGGUCAGGAUGUCAAGAAGCAGCUACUAGCGAUCGAGCGUGCUGAACGGGAGGAAGAACUUAAAUACAAGGAGCACAUUGCAGCGCUGCGCGAGCAGAAACUGGCAGCAGAAGCGGCUGAUAGCGAGAUCGCUAGGGAUGGUGGUGGUGGCAAGGCCAAAAGGGUUCGCUUCGGAAAUAUUGCCAAGGUCAAGGAGCCAAAGGUAGUGCUGACAGACGAGGUGAAGCUACGAUUUGUGAACCAAACUGCUCUGAAAUUUGCGGGAAACAGAGGGCAGAACAGGGCCUAUGCUUGGAUGGCAGGAAGUGGUGGAGUGCUGAAGCGGCCCCAAGACCCUGACUCGACAGUUCUCGAUCCUUCCUCGCCCUCGUCCGAUUCGCUUGGAGCCACAGGAGCAGGAGCAAGUCGAUUCAAUCGUGGUCUGUGCAACCCUCUGGGGAAGGUCAAUAUCAAGGACGCGUUGUUCUGUCUUGAGCAUGACUGUGGUGGCGAGGGUCUGAAGGUGCUCAUCAGGAACUACGUCAAGUAG